CGCCCCGCGCUCCCAUAGCUACCGAGGCGGGCGGCGGCCAUCUUGGCAGCGGCCAUGAGCGGCUCCAGGGCGCGGGCGGCGGCGGCGGCGCCGGGGCCGGACAAGAAGCUGCCGCCGGGGUCCGCGGGGCCGCUCAGCCGCCUGCGGGGCCUGCGCGGAUCGGCCGACGCGCCGCCACGGCAGCCCUGGACCGAGUCCGAGUUGCUGGCGCUGGAGACCGUCCGGCCCGAGCACGUCCUGGGGCUGUGCCGGGUGACGGAGAAUUAUUUAUGCAAACCUGAGGACAACAUUUACAACAUUGACUUCACCAGGUUUAAGAUCCGGGACCUUGAAACUGGAACAGUUCUAUUUGAAAUUGCCAAGCCAUCUGCUUCAGAGCACGAUGAGGAGGAUGAAGACGACAGCAGUGAACUGGAUGCAAGUGCAGGUCGCUUUGUUCGGUACCAGUUCACCCCAGCAUUUCUCCGUCUUCGGACUGUUGGUGCAACAGUGGAAUUCACAGUGGGAGAAAAGCCAGUGUCAAACUUCCGAAUGAUUGAGAGACAUUACUUCCGAGAUCGCUUGCUGAAGAACUUUGAUUUUGAUUUUGGCUUCUGCAUCCCCAGUAGCAGGAACACGUGUGAACACAUUUAUGAAUUCCCUCAGCUCUCAGAAGACCUUAUCCGUCUGAUGGUUGAAAACCCGUACGAGACACGCUCGGACAGCUUUUACUUUGUGGACAACAAGUUGAUUAUGCACAACAAGGCCGACUAUGCUUAUAAUGGAGGACAGUAAUCAUUCUGUCUGCUGGAUGCUGUGAUGCCCUUAACCAUUCCAGAUGUGCAGGAACAGACUGGAGUUGUUGUCUUGUGCAACAAGGCUUCUUGCCAAACUUUUUCUCCAUGCAUGAGGCUGAGAGCAUGAAGCAAAGAUGACGGCUCCUGAAUGGAAAUCUCCCUGCAACACCUCUCUAUCUGACACUCAGCAUAUCCUGCCUCUCCUUCUCUGUUCCUGGCUGUCUUCUGAUAACCUUGGUUAGGUCAGUGGUCUGAGGCACUCUUAGACAAUUCUUGCUCUUAGUCUUUCUAGUUAGGUUGCACCUCUAGUGCUUCUGAUGUUUCACCUCUUGGGUGAAUAUCCUUUUUCAACUGUUCAGGUUGUUUGUGUUAAAUCUUAACCCCUUCAAGUAGCCAGUGAUGCUUGAAGAGCAGAUCUUUUGUUCAGUUGGAUAGAUCAUCUCUUCAGUGGCAGUGGUUUUGUUUGUGGCAUAGCUGACAUUGAUUUUUAGGGUGCAUCCCAACAUUCUCCAGUGGGAAACAGACUAAUUCAGCUUCUAAGCAGUGCAGGAAUAUUCCAUCUGCCUCUGGGAGCCUGAGCCACCCCUAAGAACAUUUAAUCUCUGUUUUGCCAGAGAUUUCACUAGAAAUGUGAGAUAGGGAGAGGAGGGGGCUGUCCCUUUGAUAGCAUUUCUGUUUGAGCUUUUGUGAGCAAACUGUUGAAUUUUGGAGCUCAGGGGGUCAACCUUAGAGAGGAAGUUAAUCUCACUAUAUUUACCAUUUCUCCUCCUUCCCUUUGUAGGAGUUUUGGCCCUUGGUACAGAAUGUAUUGCUUUUUAGGUGGACAGCACAUUGUCAGCUUCGCUGGGGUGGAGCUGUCACUCUAGUGGGGCUUGGAGGAAUGUGGAAAAUCACUUGAAAAGUGAGUAGGAAGCAGAGCUUCCUAGGCUUCAGUCUUGUAAACCUGGCCUGUCUGUCAGAGUUGCUGUGAGCAGCACCAGCUCAUUUUCUUCGUUGCAGUGGAGAUAUUAGUAGCUAAAAGCUUCCCGGGUCAGAUCACUCAGUUUUAUGGAGUGGGAUCCUUGGAAAGUGAGAAUGUACAUGGUUCUCUUUUUCAUUGUUCCCAUCACUGCUCUGCCUGCUCAGCUGUUUAUUUACGGUUUAGGAAGUCAUGCUGCUGAGGUUGAUACCGCAGCUGUAUUUGGGAUCUGGCAAUGGGAGAUAGCAUCAUGCAGUGGGAAGAGGAGGACUUGUGUCUUGCCAGUAGCUAUGUUGGGGCCCACCUCUCAACUGUGCAAAAAUCUCAGCUAUUAAAACCCUUUUUUGCCAGUUUUGAUGGCUUUUGGGACUGGUACUUUUCCUGUCCUCAUGCUGGGCUGGGCAGUUGUGUCUCUUGUUAGGGGAGUUAGAUUGUGUCUGGACUGGAGACCUUUCCUAACACUAGUUCCAUUUGUUCUUGAAACAGUUAAAACCUAACUCUGUGAUGGUUACCUGUUGUGUUAAGAGGGAUUCAGCAUAGUUGGUGUUUUAGCAGGAUUGAGUGGGGUGGACAUCAGAGCCUAGAGCCUGUUAAUGUAUAGACAGCAAUAGGAAACCACUGCCUUUACUUCCAGAUUAGUGAAAACAACUUUGGCAUGGAACAUCAGCUGGCAUCAGAGUAAGCAGUGAGAGUGUGUGGGGUAGCAGCCAUGAAAGAAUCUCCAGCUCUUAGGAAGAUACUUAAUUAUGAUUAACCACAACAAAUGACCUGUUCUGGGUGGAGCAUUAAUCAUGAGCAACCACAACAAAUGUCUUGGGAAUGUGGAGGGGCAAGGUCUGCCUGAUGAGACGAUGAAGAACAGUUCUACCAUCAUCAAUCCCCCCUCCAGCAUCUCCACAGGCACUAAUGCAAUCUUGUUCAGGAUCUUCAGGAUUCGUUAAAGCUGCUGUUGAGGUGGGAUGCAUUUGCUUUGCUCUAAGUUAAUCACAAGGCAGAACUGCCUGGAAGCGUGCUUUUCAUCCUGAAGUGUUCAGAAAUAGCAUCCCAAGAGCCUACUAGUUAUUCCCCGGCAAAUUUUAGCAUACGGAGCUAAAUUUUGCACGUAGUAUAAAUCCAGGUGCCUUUAAACAUUACUUUUAUCACACUUUGUACAUGAAGCAACCUCUCUGUUUCCUUAGGAAAAGCGAUUCCCUCCCGUUUCCCUCGGCCCUGUGGAGGCUCCUCCGGGGCUCGUGGCCAGCGCGGGCGGACGCGGGGCGCGAGCGCCACCUGCUGGCCCGCCUUGGGUCCCGGCAGGAAAAGGGAAUUCCUGUCCUGGCCCAUCAGCGGAGACCGGGAAACGGCACUCGAGCGGUGCUUUCACACUGGUGAAUGUGUCAGCUAUUCAGCAAUAAAAGGGAGAACUGGUGGAAAAGCGGGAGGCUCGCAGGCAGCAGUAGCACCCUGUGGUUUUUAGCUGAGUUUGUUUGCUUUGCCAAAUCAGAAGAUCUUUGCCCUAAAAGCAUGCUGCAGGAAAAAGGAAGUCCCUACAAGAGGGCAACCCAGCACUGGAAAAGUUGAUUGUAAUCCAGAGAGUCAGGGAUUUCCAAACUCCUGUCCAUUCUUUAGCAGUUUCCUUAGGAUUCCUUUUCUCUUAGGUUCUUUCUUAUAAAGCCUCUUUUCUUUGUGGCAGGGAUGAUGUCUUUGGUAAACAUGGUUUAGCAGACCAGUUUCCUUCUGGAGUAUGUGCUCUGGUGUUUUAAUGAUGGGUCAAAGUUACUCAUGCCAGUGAGCUUGGAAGAAAUUCCACUGGGAUCACAUCCUUGACAGCUGGAUGGGCAGUCCUAGCCUGCUGCUGUAGGCGUAGGAGAUGCUUUCAGUGUCAGUUGGAGUUUGAGCAAGGGAAAAGGUAUCAAAGACUACUUCUCUCAGGUUGUGUGCUGAGUUGGAAAAAGAAAAAAGUUGGGACCAUACUGAGUUCUGCUCAAAACUUCAAAAAGAAAGGGACCAAACCCACAAACUCAUAGUAUGUUUUUUCCAGUAUUUGUCCUCAUAGUACCAGGACCUCUUUUUCCUAUUUUUGAGGCAAGGACUUUGGAUCCAUGCCAGCAAACUUCUUGGAGAACUAUUUUCAUAUCUUGAGUGUGGAAUACAUACUGCACCUUGUGAAGGAAGGUAAUUUCUUGUUGUAUGGACUGGGUACUUCUGUCCUUGUCCUCUCUUUUCGGUAGGAAAUGUCUUCCUUUGUGUGUCUACUUGAGGAUUCUCAAUGUUUCUUGUUGCAGAGAAGCAGCAGCCACUUCUCUGGUGCUUGGGGAUGCUUAUUCCAUUAUCUGAGGGUUCAGAAAGAAUAAAACAAGUGUUUAGUAGUCAGAAAUGAAGGAGGAAGGUGGUGGUGAAGCAUUAAGGUCCAAAUGUAGCAACUCUACUUCUCAGCUCUGUGUUUCAUCACAUCAUCUUGAGCUGUUUCCCAGUCUUGUACCCUGCUGUCCUGUGACACGGAGCUACUUUGGAACUACUUUGUGCUACCCCAGAGCCUGGCUCGCUCUCGCGUGUGACCCUCGGACAUAAACGCUGCCAUCUCUUGUCCUUGCCAGGACAAGGCUGAGUGAUGGCAGCCUGGUGGAGUCAGCACCUCUUCCUUUGCAGCAGCAGGAAACUGAACACCAGCAAACGCCCUGUCCGCCUGCCUGGAUCCCAGCGCUGUUACAGGACUCGUAUUUGUCUCUCACAGUGUGGCCUUGGGGCUGCUGGCCCGUGGACUCCUCUGUGCUGUCCCCUUCGGACCCCGCUCCCGUGGCCGUGGCAGCGCCGCGGGGCUGUCCUGGUGGCCGGGGUGUCCCCGCGGUGCCGCUGUAUUUGUACCCCCGUG